UCUUGCUACUGAGGGUAAUGAAAUUAUCCGUGAGGCUACCAAAUGGAGUCCUGAACUAGCUGCUGCUUGUGAAGUAUGGAAGGAGAUUAAAUUUGAGUUUCAGGCAAUGGAUACUUUGGAUCAAUAACUUUCGUUCUCUUAAUUGAAUUUCAAUUAAACUCGGCCCAAUCUUUUACUAAAAGGAUUGAGCCGAAUCCAACAUGCAUAUAUUUUAGAUAGAUACAUACUUAUAUAGAUAUAGAAAAUUUCAACUAAAAACUCGAAGACUAAACAACUCAAAUCUUUCUAUUUUUGUGUUGGUUGGAUCCACAAUUAAUCCUAUGGAUCCUUAGGAUUGGGAUAUUAUUUUAGAUCCUGUAUUUUCCCUGGAUCGAGACAGGUAUCACAACUCUUUCCACCCAUCCUGUAUAUUGUCCUUUUUGUUCCGUAUUGUAAUAGAAACUUAACUGAUUAUUAGUUAUUAGACGAGAUUUUACGAAAAAAUUGUUCGUAGGAGAGAACAAAUCCUUUUUUCAAUACUUACACUCCUUAUUAUAUUAGUUAAUAAUCCUAGUGAUUGUAUUGAUAUGCUUAUUCUGAUAGGAAAUAAGAUAUUCAAAUAAAUUAAAUGAUUUUUCGUCGAAUGACUAUUCAUCUAUUGUAUUUUCAUGCAAAUAUGGAGCAAGAAAACUCUAUGAAAAGAUGGUGGUUCAAUUCGAUGUUAUUUAAGAAGGAGUUCGAACACAGAUGUAGGCUAAGUAAAUCAAUGGGCAGUCUUGGUCCUAUUGAAAAUGCCAGUGAAAGUAAAGAUCCGAAUAGAAAUGAUACGGAUAAAAACAUUCAGGGUUGGGGUGGUCAUAACAAUUACAGUAAUGUUGAUCUUUUUUUUGGCGUCAAGGACAUUCGGAAUUUUUUCUAUGAUGAUACUUUUUUAGUGAAAGAUAGUAAUGGGCACAGUUAUUCUAUAUAUUCUGAUAUUGAAAAUCAUAUUUUUGAGAUUGCCAAUGAUCAUCCUUUUUGUAGUGAACUAGAAAGUUCUUUUUAUCGGAAUUCUAGUGAUCUGAAUAAUGGAUCUAAGAGUAAGAAUCCCGACCACGAUCGUUACAUGGAUGAUACUCAGUAUACUUGGAAUAAUCACAUUAAUAGUUGCAUUGACAGUUAUCUUCAGUACCAAAUCUGUAUUGAUAAUUACAUUGUAAGUGGUAAUGACAAUUCCAGUAACAAUAAUUCCAGUAACGAGAAUUCCAGUAACGAUUACAUUUCUAGUUCCAUUUCUAGUCAAAGUGAAAAUAGUAGUCAAAACGAGGAUAUCACAACGAGUGAUCAAACUAUACCAGAAAGUUCUACUCAUAUGGGUGUAACUCAACAAUAUCGGCAUUUGUGGGUUCAAUGCGAAAAUUGUUAUGGAUUAAAUUAUAAGAAAUUUUUUAAAUCAAAGAUGCAUCUUUGUGAACAAUGUGGAUAUCAUUUGAAAAUGAGUAGUUCAGAUAGAAUCGAACUUUUGAUCGAUCCGGGCACUUGGGAGCCUAUGGAUGAAGACAUGGUCUCUCUGGAUCCCAUUGAAUUUCAUUCGGAGGAGGAGCCUUAUAAAAAUCGUAUCGAUUCUUAUCAAAGAAAUACAGGAUUAACCGAGGCUGUUCAAACAGGCAGAGGGCAACUAAACGGUAUUACCGUAGCAAUUGGGGUUAUGGAUUUUCAGUUUAUGGGAGGUAGUAUGGGAUCCGUAGUCGGGGAGAAAAUUACCCGUUUGAUUGAAUACGCUACUAAAGAAUUUCUACCUCUUAUUAUAGUGUGUGCUUCCGGAGGGGCACACAUGCAAGAAGGAAGUGUGAGCUUGAUGCAAAUGGCUAAAAUAUCUUCUGCUUUAUAUGAUUAUCAAUCAAAUAAAAAGUUAUUCUAUGUACCAAUUCUUACAUCUCCUACUACCGGUGGGGUGACAGCUAGUUUUGGUAUGUUGGGGGAUAUCAUUAUUGCCGAACCCAAUGCCUACAUUGCCUUUGCGGGUAAAAGAGUAAUUGAACAAACAUCAUUCACACAUUUAGGAAGAUGA